UCAUUUUCCCAUCUCCUACUCACUCUAUCCCUCGACAAACAUGGCUGCGAAAUCCGACGGUGCAGCCGUCUCUCCGCGAAGCCAAAUCCCGUCCAGGCCGGACCGGCGGCCUGCGCAGCGAUACUCCCCGGCGGACUGCUGCUGGACGCUGGGCGCUCUUUUGGUCUUCUUCUCGGACGGGGCCUCGGACCUGUGGCUGGCCGCCGACUACUACCUCCGGAGGGAGUACUGGUGCUUCGCACUGACUCUGGUCUUUGUGAUCGCCCCCUCCGCGGUGGUGCAGGUGUUGAGCUUCCGAUGGUUCGCCUACGAUUUCUCCGAUACCCCGGAGAGCGGCACGGCCACGGCCGCUGUCGUGGCGGCGUCGUCCGUGGCGGUGGGGAGCGAUUUGGACGCCAAGGACGGCUUCGGCGACGGCGAGCGGGGCGCUGGCCGUACCGCCGGGGCCGGGAUGUUGCCCGGGCCGGCCACCGGGGGACGAGCCCGGGGAUGCUGCAGAGUGUUCGUGUGGCUCUUGCAGGCCGUUGUCCACACCCUCCAGCUGGCGCAAGUGUGGAGGUACGUCCGAGCGUUGUAUUUAGGCGUGCAGAGCCGCUGGCACAGGGAGCCGGAGCGGCGGCACUACUACUGGCGCAUGAUGUUUGAGAGCGCCGACAUCAGCAUCCUGCGCCUGCUCGAGUCCUUCCUGAAGAGCGCUCCCCAGCUGGUGCUGCAGCUCUCCAUCAUGACCAUCGCCGGUCACGUGCUUCCUCUUCAGGGGCUUUCAGCGUCCGCCUCACUGAUGUCCCUUGCCUGGAUGGUGGCCUCCUACCAGAAAGUCUUGAGGGACUCCAGAGAUGACAAGCUCCCCAUGAGCUACAAGGCAGUCAUGGUUCAGAUCCUGUGGCAUCUCUUCACCAUCGGGGCCCGCGCUCUGGCCUUCGCCCUCUUCGCCUCAGUGUUCCAGCUGUACUUCAGCAUCUUCAUCGUGGCCCACUGGUGCAUCAUGACCUUUUGGAUAAUUCAAGGCGAGACGGACUUCUGCAUGUCCAAGUGGGAGGAGAUAAUCUACAACAUGAUGGUGGGCAUCGUGUACGUGUUCUGCUGGUUCAACGUGAAGGAGGGCCGCACUCGCUACAGGAUGCUCACCUACAGCCUGACAGUGUUCAUUGAGAACGUGGCCCUCACCGCCGCCUGGUACAUGUACCGCGGCCCUCGUAACUCAGACUUUUACGCCGUUGUCAUGGUGUGCGUGGUGGCCAGCAGCUACGCGCUGGGCACCUUCUUCAUGUUUGUUUAUUACUGCCUCCUGCACCCCGACGGUCCCGCACCAGGCUGGGGCUACGUGAUGGAGAAGCAGGCGGCUGUGGAGGUGCUGGUGUCCCCGACCUCCAGCCUGCCCCCUGACGUGGUGAGCAGCCCGCCCAGGACCUUGCAGAGAACUAAAGACAGAGAGCAGGGGUCUGGGAUGGACGGAGAUGUGUUCCAGGUGCGACCACCUCGGGGAGCUCGGGCCCCGGUUCCCCACCCUACGCCCAGGACAGAGGGGCUUGUCAUCCGAAUAGACCUGCCCAGGAAGAGUUACCCCGCCUGGGACGCUCACUACAUCGAUCGGAGGCUGCGUAAAACCAUCCUGGUGCUGGAAAGCGCCGCUCCGGUUGCGCCACGGAUUCAGUACCGCUGCCUUGGCACGCCCAAAGAAGUGAUGGAGUAUGAGACCACGGUGUGAUGGGAUGAGACAGGCAGUCUGUUCAUCUCCACAUUGACUUGAACAUUGACUUGAACUUGAAGUGCAUUUGCUAAUGCAAAGUGCUACAUGGUUGCCACUGUUUGGUGCAUAUUAAGGUUAGAGAUAGACCGAUAUGUUUUUUUCAGGGCCGAUAUCAAUUAUUAGUAGUCAAGGAGCCCAACGACCGAUAUUCGGAGCCGAUAUUCAUUUGCAGUAAAAGGGAAAAUAUUGGUGUCCAAAUUUUGAAUAAUACAAACUCCAACGCUUAACUGCAACAUGUUAGUUUUUUUGUGUGUAUAAGACAAUAGACAUCUUGGUUUUAAAAUUCUAAGAAAAAGCACAGGGAGCUCCCAGGCUUAGCAGCAUGUGUUUUAAAGUCACAUUAAAAUAAAUGUAUCCCUGAAGUAUACUCAGUCUUAAAUUGAUUUAUUGGCUAUCGGAUUUAUUAAAAAAACAAUUUUUUUUUAAAAAGGCACAUGCCGGUAUUCGGCAUCAAAAUGCCGAAUAUCGACACCAAAAAUCGGCCCGGCCAAUAAUCGGUCUAUCCCUGAUUAAGGUUGAUUUGAAAAGGCCUUUUGACCCUCUUUAAACUUUUGAAUGCACUUGUCCAACUGUUCAAUGUUUCAGUACUGAGGAGGAACAUCUGAGUUAUUAUAGAGCCUGAUUUAAUCACCUUUUGUUAUAUGUCGUGUAGAUAGGAAGUGCCCUUCCCUCUUUCUAGCCAGAGCCCUCACCUUCUUGAUUUAAUCAAACACACACACACACCCUACUAAGUUAUUGCAUUGUAUAGGAACCAAGACUCCAAACUCCCCUUCCCCAUUUGCCUGUCUUUGCAUUUCACUCAUUGAGUCUCCCUUCUGUCUCUCUCCUAAGUUCCUGUCCCCAUCCAUUUGUGGUCUAGUUGUAUAGGAGAUAAACCAGUUUCAUUAUUCAUGGUCAGCUCACCCACGCAGACUCGGUCUAUGUGUGGUUAGUUCACCACUUUGCCGGCUUGCUUUGUUUAACAUAUCCAUCCAUCCGUUCAUUUUCCGUACCGCUAAUCCUCACUCGGCAUAUCCUCACAGCAAACUCAUUGUUAGAUUAAGGCUGCAAAUUUCUUCAUCAGUACUUUUUGAAAAACUUUCUAUUUUCUAAAAAACUGCUGAACGGCAAAAAUCACAACAGGUGUUUGAUCCAGGACCAGCACAUUUCCUGUUUCAUUUAGAGCAAGAUGUAUAGAAAAUACUGAAACAUUGAACAGUCGGACAACUGCAUUCAGAAGUUUAGAGACGGUCAACUUAAGUGUCAUCUGUAAAGGUUAUAGUGCGUUUCAGGACAUUGAUGAGACAGACACGACGACUUGAAGAAGUGCAUUUGCUAAUGCAAAGUGCUACGAUUGUGGUCAGUGGUGGUGCAUAUUACGGUUUGUGCAUUUCUCAGGUGAGGACGCCGUCAAAGUAAGGCACACGGUCUGGGUGUCUGCUCAUAAGCAAUGGCAGCUAGAUGGGAAACAUCACUGAACACAAUGCCGAGACACUCCCGCUGUAUUGUACUUUGAAAUACCGCACGAGUAGUGAUCAUUUGAUUUUCCAAAGCUGUCAUUCACGUUAAAGAAAUCAUCUCUGUCAAAUCCGGACAGCAGCUUCAACGCAACAACAGAGUUGAAUGUAAAAAAAGUAGUAGAAAACGUGUUUGUGACAAGACUUGCGCGUUUCUGUGCCCUUAGGGGGAUACGAAACAUUCCUGUGUCAUUGUUUGUUGGGGUGAGCUAGAACAUUUCUAUAAUAAACUUAGGCAGCCUGAGUAAAAAGAAGCACAUUAUUAAAGGGCAAUGUCCACAUGACGGAGAAAAGCCAACAGGUUAGAUUUUCCAUGUAAAUUACACAAUGAGGACUUUAUAGCUGUCUGUGCUUGUUCUGUAUCCAUAUUUUGUUGAAUAAUAAUGUCAAGAAAAGUUUUGGCUGCAGACCUGCCAUUUCCGCAGGUAAUUUUGUUACGUGAGGGUUAAGGCAUGUAUAUUUC